AUGUUGUCUCGCCUCGGAGCUGGCCAAACUAGUAGGUUAUCAACCAGAUUCAUCAGACCCUCUUUAAUCAGAGGUAUAAAGACUAUCCCACAACCACCAGGAUUCGUUGUUGGUACCGUUAAUGAUGCAUACGUGGGACCAAAACCACACAAGUUGGAAGGAUCAUAUCACUGGACACUUGAAAGACUCGUGAGUGCAGGGUUAGUCCCUUUGGUCUUGGCACCAAUGUUUACUGGAGCAUCAACUUUUGUCGACUCAACUUUAAGUGCAUUGUUGUUGUAUCACUGUUAUGCCGGUUUCCAAUCCUGUAUCAUAGAUUAUAUUCCAAAAAGAGUUUAUGGAUCUUAUUUCAAUUACGCCAUGUAUCUUUUAACAUUCGGAACUGGUGUUGCUGGUUAUGGUAUUUACGAAAUUGAAAAGAAAGAAGGGGGAAUAAGCACAAUCAUUUCCAAAUUAUGGAAAGCUUGA